AUGUCAUCGGCUGGUGGCCCUGGCGCCGGCAGCCCUUUGAUUGCGGGAGCCCUCACAUCCACCAGCGAGUUCCACGAUUUUUCCGACGAUGACAUCGGAGGCUCCAACCUUCUCGACUUUUCCAACAGCCCCGACACCCUACAGAGCCUCGACGCCAUUAGCACCUCUAAGGACCACGACACCUUCCUCAACCCCCAGCAGCUGGCGCUCGGCCCAUUCCCCGACUCGCCCAACGGCUCCUCUCAGGACUCCUCGUCCGAGUCCGCCGGGCCCUCCAAGCGUCUCGCCGUUUCCGCCUCCGCAAAGACGCCAGCUACUUCGGCCGGUGAUGCCAGCAUGGACGACGACGCUUCCAACAUGAAUAUGGACUGGGGGAACACCGGUCUUCCCCAUUUCGAUGAGGACGACAACGCCUUCAACUUCGGUGCAACCACCGCGCAGCCCGCCAUCAACGGUUUUUAUGGCUUUUCCGAGCAAGACGACAGCUUCAUGGACCAGUCUUUUGACUUUGAGAGCGCAUCCAGCAGCCCUGACGCUCCCUCCACCGGCCCAGUAACAAUGGCCUCCCCCGGCAUGCCCACCAUUGAGUCGACAAGCCCUCAUAAAAGUAGCAAUCUGCCCGCAAAGCCGAAGCACCAACCGCACAAGAAAAAGGCCUCGACCUAUUCCGUGUCGUCAUCACAAAAUGGCAUCAAGCGAUCGCAUUCCCGAGAAGUGUCGCCCAUGUCAACCUUGGUCGCCAGCCAUAACUCGUCUCCAGCCACCACCUUCAUCAACUCGCCACCAGCCAUGCUCAAUCCCGAGUUCUACCACAUGAUGGGGCAGGCCGGCAUGUGGCCUAACAAGGCUGAUAUACAAGCUGCCGCGACCCCGGAUUGUGUCCCAUCCCCAGCCUCGUUUGCGCCCAACAAUAUGGCUCAAGCUCGACACAUGACGCAGCACAUGUCCAUGUUCACUCCGGCCCCAUUCAACAACACUGGCCCUGUGCUUCGCAUCUUGCCAACACCACUGAAAUCUCGAGUUGAGACGCAGAUUCCCAUCAAAAUGACCCUCUCCCCACUCCCCCCCGGUGUGACCAAGCUUCACCUUCCUGCACAUACGAUAUCAAAGCCAAAACUCUUAGCAAAGCCGACUCCAGCGCCUUCUCCCGAUACCUUAGUAUUGCACGUCAGCUUGGUCUGCACCAGCGCAAUGGAGAAGGCCGAGUGGAAAAAGAACGCCCUUGAGAGAGCCAGGACACAACCUCAGGGCAGCCUCCCUGAUCUAGAUGACGAAGAAAACUCUCCGCAGAAUGGCGGUGAAGUUCGUAUAUGCGCUGGCUGCAUUACCAGAGAACGAAAGAGGGCGGCCAGGAAGAAGAUCAAAAAGCCAGAUGAGGAAAAGGUGUGGAGCCAAGACGAAGAGCGCCGUGUCAUUGUUUUCAAUACACAAGAAGUCAAGGAAUGGCAACCGAUGAGCGGUAUGCUCGAUUCAAACGGGCGUCCCGAACACGUUGUAUCGAAUCGCACCAUGCAAAUCGAUGCGCCCAUGCGCAUCGCCUGCUAUUGCCGUCAUCACGGGGAGAAGAUGGGUUUCAACGUCAUCUUCACCAUCAAGGAUUAUCAAGACCGCCUCAUCGCCCAGGCCAUGUCCAACCCAAUCAUGAUCACUGACGACCACAAGACCCAUCCCAUGGCUCAACUUACCUCACAGCCUCCCAUGUCCGACACUGUCGUCUCUUCCUCGAUCCCCCUUGUCUCCGCCCCAGCACCCGAAGUGAAUGGCAUGAUGGCACCUAUACCCAAUAGCAACUUCAGAAUGUCGCAGGCGGGAAGUGAUGUGUCAUCCAUGCAAAAUGGCUAUACAAGCUCCAAUUCAGGUAAAACUACGCCAACCAUGAGUACAGCGGUUGUAACGCCCCGUCCACACUCGAGACCUAGCUCCCCAACCCAAGGGCAUCCCGUGCCGAAGCGAAGAAAGGGCAGCAAUUCCCGGGUGCCGAAUGGAUUGGAGAUGACCCGACUCGAUACCUCGCCACAGCCCGCACAAUCUAUCACUAGCCAAAGAUCGAGCGUUGCUUCGCCAUUCAGCCCGUCAGCUUUCCAUCAAGCCGAACAUCUCUUCGGUUUACCGAAUGGCCAACUCCCUUUCGCCAACGGGCCCCCUACCCCCAACAGCAACAAUGAGCAAGCCUCCUUCUUUGCCAACAAUCGCUCAGCCAGCAUGGACAAUCUUGCUAUGGCCAAUAUGUACUCAGCUCCCACCUCUAGUCACGCGAGCCGUGCUCCCAGCCCUAACGGGCUCCGUGCCGGCGCCCCGCAGAACCAGUUCGCCGCGCUUGCUAGCAGCCUCUUUCCACCUGUCGGCGCUCCACGCGCCACCCCAACUAUUCACAAGAUUAUCCCCAACGAGGGCCCGAAGAUUGGCGGUAUCGAAGUCACUGUUCUGGGAGCCGCUUUCUUCCAAGGUCUUGAGGUUUGGUUUGGUGAUCAACGAGCUACUACAACCACUUUCUGGGGCGAAUCAUCUCUUGUUUGCUUGCUCCCUCCUUCGCCAGUGUCCGGAACAGUCCCGGUUACCUUCAAACUGCAAGGCGUUUCGCCACAAAACUUUCCCAUGGCCAAGCAGCCGCCAACAUUCAAAUAUGUUGACGACAACGAGGACAAGCUGAUCAGAACAGCCCUGUCUGUUCUGGGGCAAAAGAUGUCCGGUCAAAUGGUGGAUGUGAGUGACUUAGCGAGACGAAUUCUCAACGUCAACGAUGGCAGUGGCUCUUCCGGUGGUUGGACGAGCGGGCCUUCUGCCAACGGCCCUCAAUUUAAUCACGCCUCACACGAACAUCUUGAGUCUCAAUUGCUCAAAGUCUUGGAUCUGAUUGACCUCGAUGAUAGCGCACACAGGACCAAGCUUGACCUUAGGAGAUCAACCGGUCACACCAUGCUUCACCUUGCUUGCUCUCUCGGCUACCACCGUUUUGUUGCCGCUCUACUGGCUCGCGGCGCAAACCCUGAUGCUCGCGACAAGGGCGGCUUCACUGCUUUGCACAUGGCUUCAAUCCAGAGCCACUCAGAGAUUGCCCGCCGACUGAUCAUCGGUGGUGCCGACCCCACCAUCCGCAGCUUAUCCGGUCUCACUGCUGCUGAUGUUGCGCAAUCUCGUGCCGUUGUUCGUGCUAUCCGUCACUCAGAGCGCCACGCUCGCUCUCGAAGCAGCGGCGGAUCUAUUCACAGUCGUACCAACAGCUCCGCAUCUGUCAGAUCGCUGUGGGAGCCUCUCACUCGAGCUAAUACCCAUGACGGACCCAUUUCCAUUGCUUCGGGCGAAGAGAGUCCCGAGUAUACUUCUGGCGACUUUGAAGAUGAGGACCCCGACGAGAACAGCUACCUAAGUAUGAGACGCGCCAGCGAGAUCGCUGCGGACAAGGAUCACUCAGAGGAGACUGUCGAUGAGGUGGUUGAUACGUCAGCACCCACAGCCAUGGCCGCUGCCUUGAAAGAACAGUUCCAGCAACAACUCCAACAGCUUCAGCAGACUAUGGCUGUGCAUCUCCAGAGCCUGGCUCAUAUUCCGCAGCUUCCACAGAUGCCGGGUAUGCCUGUCCUACCAGACUACCAAGGUUACUUCCAGCGUAUGCAGCAGUACGUACCCGGUAUGUCUGGUACACGGCCGGGCUCAGCUGGUGAGAACUCACCAAAGGUGGAUGGCAGAUGGUGGGACCUGUCAUCCUAUAUGGGUGGCCCUGCCGCAGCGCCCGCCCCGCCCCCAGCAUAUGAGGAUAUCUUCCCUCCGAAAGUUCUCGAAGAGAAGCAGCGUGCCGCUGCAGAGGCAGCCUGCGAGGCCGACGCCGACAUGAAAUGCUCUGCCUUGUACGAUCAGCCCCAGACUAAGCUGAAGAAGAGGUCGACCAGAACCAAGCCCGCCAUGGCUAGCGUUGUUUCUGACAGCUCGGAUACGGAAAUACCUAGCGUCCUCAAGAUUGGACGCAAGAAUGCUAUUACUCAAGAACAGCAAGAUCAAUUCCUGCGGGCCAGGGAGCAGAAGCUGAAGCGACUCAGCAACGAUCGCAAGCUCUUCUUCGUCUGGAUUCCCUUGCUGCUGAUUAUGAUCUGCGCGAUGCUGUACAGCUACUUCCCAAAACUGUUCCCAUUCCUGUUUGAGUCGGCCACGGCCGUAAUCCAGGUGGGACAUGCCCGCGCCACCCGCUACUUGCAAAACAGACAAGAGCGCGUCGUACCGGCAUGA